AUGUCGUUAGACCUUGAUAUCGAUCAUUUCAACGAUAAUAAUAUGGUUAUGGAGGAUGUAGAAAUGACUACUACGAUCUCUAAUAAUGGUCAAAAUCAAGCUGAAAAACGUGCACAUCAUAAUGCUUUAGAACGGAAACGACGCGAUCACAUCAAAGGUAGUUUCAAUGAUCUGCGAGAUGUAAUUCCAUUUAUCAAAGGUGAAAAGGCAUCACGUGCACACGUUCUCAAAUCUGCUACGGAAUAUAUUCACACAUCGAAAGCGAAAAAUCAACAGCACCAACAAACCAUCGAAGAUAUCAAACGACAAAACGCCAUUUUGGAAUUGCAAGUUCGUCUUCUCGAACGAGUUAAAGACACUAGUUUAUACGCUCAAAAUCAUGAGUCCAUGAUAAAAAGUGAAUCGGACAUUCAAACAACACGUAAUUUACUAAAUUAA